UAUCAGUAAGAGGAGUGAUGUUGGGGUGGGGGUGAGAGAAGAGUCGGUGAUAUGUGGGGUUUAGUUUUGAGCUCUGUGUGUAAAACUUCGCGAAAGAGGAAGAGACUCUGUACUCAGUUCCAUGUUUCUGUUUGUUCAGACUCUAAUCUGCAGUCUGGUUUGCGUUUUAUUCCAGGCAAAUUUGAAGCAGGAGAGAAGAGCUUUCAUGCCGGAAGGGUUUAAUCUUCUGCUUUUCCUAUUUCUGCUAUAGCGAUUUAGUGCUUUAUUAGUCACUACCCUGUCCACCCUGAAGAGAGAGUCAUGCAAACAGCAGCUCAUAUUAAUCGGAUUUUAUGUGCCCACGAUGGGAGAAUGGAGCUGGAGGAGCUGUACGGUCAGCUGCUGGGACUGGAGUUAAAGGAUGAAGUAGAAGAUGCUCUAAAAGACACAGAUAUGUUUGUGAUCACUGGUGAGGAAAACAAGGUGGUGGUUGCCAAGACUAAACUGAGGCUGUGUAGAGUCAGGGACUGCCAAGGCUGCAGUAACCUCCACCUGUGUAAAAUGUACCUGUUGGGAGACUGUCCAUUUGAGAAAGAGAGAGGGUGCCGUUUUUGCCAUGACCUUUCCUCUGAGCAUAACAAGAGAGCACUGCAGGAACACAACCUGCUGGGGCUGGACCGCAGUGAGCUGUGCAUUAUACUUCUUCAGAAUGACAACACCCUACUGCCUCCAGUGUGCUUUGCAUAUAACAAAGGCAGCGGGGAAUACGGCCACUGCUCUGAUAAAGAGGCCUGUGUUAAACUCCAUGUGUGUGAGAACUACAUCAGAGGAACCUGUGAUGGCAGCACUAAAUGCAGCCGAUCCCACGACUUCUACGAGCCUCAUUCAAUAAACAACUUCGCAGCCAAGCGUAUUCCCAUUCAGCUUGUUGGGUCAGUGCUGCCCGCCUACAGUAACAGGCUCAUAAUCUGGGAUUCUAACAGAGUUAACAACAGUAUCAACCCAACCAAUGCAGCAGACAAAUCAGAGAUAUGCUUGUACCACAUCAGAAAAUUCUGCAAGCGAGGAAAUGGGUGUCAAAGAGUACAUUACCAUCUGCCAUAUAAGUGGGAAGGAACAGAUGGACACAACUGGAAAGUUCUGCCAGACAAUGAAGAGAUAGAAAAAGCAUUCUGUGAUCCUGCUAAGAUGUACAGUGAUGGCACUGAACCAGUAUACUUUGAUACUAUGAUUCAAGGUUUUGCAGAGGUUCGCCGUCUCUCUACUGUUUCAUCAGUGCUGAACCCCACCUUCAUCCUCACCACCACUUGGAUCUGGUACUGGGAGGAUGAUAAUAGGAAUUGGAUCCAGUAUGGAUCAUCUGAUGGGACCCACCAUAAGUCCUCCAUUACCAGUGAGGAUGUGGAGAGGAAAUACCAGGAAGACAACAGCGCUACAGUGGAGUUCACAUCCGGACAACACAGCUAUGACCUCAAUAUGCAAGACAUGAUGCAGUAUAACAGACAGAAGGGAAGCAAAAGAGCUGUCAGGAGGAGACCUGUGUUUCUCUCAGCUGAAGAUGUACAAAAGAUCAAAACAAGGGGUCUUUCACAAAAUUCUAGAGCUUUGCCUCAUCACUGGGAUAAGACCAGUAUGCCUGAAACUGGUUUUAAGAGAGUUCCUUUGAAGAACACAUCAGAGGAAUAUAAGAAGAUUAUUGAGCUCUUUAACCAGACGAUGUCAGGAUUCAGUGUGAAGAGCAUUGAAAGGGUGCAGAACCAGGACUUAUGGAAUGUUUUUCAGUGGCAAGAGGAUGUCAUGAAAAAGAAAACAGUGGGCAGGGAAAAUGAGAAACUUCUGUUUCAUGGUACUGAGUACAAGCACAUUGACGCCAUCUGCCAGCAGAACUUCGACUGGAGAAUCUGUGGAGUUCAUGGAACAGCAUACGGGAAAGGGAGUUAUUUUGCCAGGGAUGCCAAUUACUCCCACAGAUACACCAAUGAUUCUGGACCCCGAUGCAUGUUUGUUUGUCGGGUUCUGGUAGGAGAAUACACGACUGGACUUCCCAGCCACGUUCGCCCUCCUUUAAAGGAUGGAGGGGAUACAGUUUUUUUUGACAGCUGUGUAAAUGACAUCAACAACCCCUCCAUAUUUGUGGUUUUUGAGAAGCAUCAGGUUUACCCUGAGUACUUAAUUCAGUAUGAAAAUAAAGCAGGGAACAAUCCUGAACACAUCCUCGUUGAGGAGUUGUCACAAAUGGGUCUUGCUAGUUCAGAUGAUGAAUCUGUUCUCCACCAGCUUUCUCGCCAGUCUUCAUACUCAAGCAUUACAAGUGAAGAGAGUGUCGAAUCAGUGUGCACAGAUCCAGACGCUGUUGCAGUCACUGGCCCAGCAGUUGUUCCAAAAUUCCAUGUUAUUCACCCGCACAGGGCCUUACGAUCUGCAUGCUUAAAGAGUAGACCUCUCAAAUGUGGUAGGGUGCGCCUUACAACGCAUUCUCGCCUCAUCAAGUCCUCCUCAGUCAGAAACUUCCCCAACAGCAGGACACAUCAAAGAAGACUGAAAACAUCUGGAUCACUGGCUUCACCAGAAAACAUGCCAACUGCCAUGAAUACAGCAUUGUCCCUUGGAGCCCCAAUUGCCACUCAAGAGUGGUCAGUUUUGUCUAUGUCUGCUAACGAAUCAAGUCCUGUCCCUUCAUCUGCAGAGUCUUCAACCUAUACCAACCCUUCAGACUUCAUGAGAAAAAGGAAUACCAGAAAAAACAGACCAAACACAAGAGGCUUACUCACAAGACGAAGGCCCAAAACAACAUCAGCCAGCACAUCUGCAAGCUGGUCAGGUGAUAUCAAGACUUCAAACUUGGUUAGCUGUCAAAAUAACAGACCAAAAAGACAGAAAGGGGUUAUGUCACCUAAAGCAAUAUGUCCUGUAACUUUGGGUACAGACUUAUCAGCUGAAACCAAGACUUCAAAUCCGGGAGAAAGGCAGUAUGCCAGACAGAUCAGGCCAGAUAUGACCAGAUCAUCAUCUGAAACCAAGACUUCAAACCCGGUUGGAAGUCAGAAGAAGGCCAGACAUAACAGGGGAAACAUGACCAGGUCAUCAGAUGACACCAAAACUUCAAACCCGGUUGGAAGUCAGAAGAAUGCCGGAAAUAACAGGCCAAACAUGACCAGAUUAUCAGCAGAUACUAAGACCUCAGACUCGGUUAGAAAUACCAGACAAGACAAGCCAAACUUUAACCAGUCAACGAGAAGAUUAGGUCCAGGGAUGGCGUCUACAAGCUCGUCAACUAGUACAACAGGUCCAAACUCAGCUAAGGGUCAGAAUGCUAAACAACAGAGGUCAAAUUUGGCCCAGACAGCAAAAGGACCAGCUCCUCCCAACUCGUCUGCAAACCUGUUGCCAGCUGAUACCAAGACCCCAAAAUCAGGUAGAUCUCAGAAUAUCAAACAAGAGAUGCCCAGAUCAGCUGGAGGAGUAAGUACUGGGGCUACCCAAACUUCAAAGCCAGCUACAACUGGAAAUCCCAGCCAACAGAAGUCUAAUAUGACCCGACCUGCGAGAGGGUUAAAUCCAGCGACUUCUUCAGCGAGCUCAAACCAGUCAACUCGAAGCAGUACUUCCAAGUCAGUUAAAAGUGAUGGUGUAAAAACACAGAGCACUACCCCCUCUGCUAAAUCUAAAUCUAGUGGUGCUGCACAAAAGACUAAAACGGCAGGUAAGGGCUCUAAAGGCUCAACACCAAGGCGUUAAUACUGUUGUUGGUCUUACUUAACCCUAUUAAAUCAAUUGUGGUGAUCCAUUCUGAGAAUUCGGUGACGGCCCAUUUAAAGCUCCACUAGGUAGAAUUGAGAUUUUGUGCUCGUGGGCUCCCCCAACAGUUGCAGAGUGUAAUAAAUGUAUACAGCACUGUCGUAACACUUACACUUAACAUGAUAUAUUUACACAUUUAACCCAAUCCCUAAUGCUAAUCGCACGCAAGCCUACAGCUUUAGCAGUUAAAACAAACACUUUUACUCAACUUAUAUCUCACAUAUUUACACUGUGGUUGUUUUAAUAACCUUUUAACUCUCUUAUUAACAUUUUAAGCUCCUUACAAAACAGAAAUACCCACUGAUUUACCUGUAAUCUGUCUUUAUCUGGAGUUUCUCCGGUACAGCACAGAUGAACAGCACAAUAGAUCUAGAUCUUUUUAGUGAACGGGUUCUAAUGAUGCAGUUCAUCUAAAAGAGCUGCUGUGCCCAUCACUAUUAGUUCGCUUCUGUAAAGAAUGAACCAACUCCAAAUAGCGGUUUUUGUAGUCCUUGUAGAACUGUUAGAACUACAUACAGGUCGGAAAGCAGGUCACAGUUCUCGAAAGAGGCGCAGUUCUCGCGAACGUUGGUCGCGGCCGCCUAGGAAACCUUACAGAGUCUGGUUUGAGCUCACAGGAGCACGGCACAGACACGAAAGGACAGCUAUUCCUCCUAUUACACCUUAAUGGAGCGCUGCAGUGAGUUUGAAGCAUUAAUUUUACUUCUUUAAAAAGUUUAAUAAUCAAGGAAAUCCUACGUAGUGUGCCUUUAACUAAUUUAAAUUAUCUGUACAAAAGGAAAGUGCUUGCUUGAGCACAGUGAAAUGUAGAAGUGAAAUAAAAUUAGCACUAUGGAAUUAAAUGAGUGAAUAAAUAAGACUUUCUAAUUGUAGACCUGAAGUGUGCUACUUCUUUCUGUCAUUAUAUAAACAUGUACACUGAUUUUGGACCUGGAUCGUAUCUGCUAUGUAAUAAGAUGUAAAAUCAGCUGCAAAAACAACUAUAACUAAUUAAUGACUGAUUUGUGGUUGAUUUGUAAUUUUACUUUCAAAUGGCCUAAUAAAUAACAAUUAUGUAAUUUGUAUUCUUCA